CACUUAUCAAUGUGAUAACAUCAUAGAAUUUGUAGGUGUUUGUCAUUCGACUAUCGAACAUUUUAGAUUUUUAAUAUCGUUUUUUUUUAAAUUUAAAAGUAUUAUUUCAUUCAUCUCACUAUCUCAGUAAAUUGAAUUCUGUCCCGAUUGUGAGAAAUUUUUCAUUAUUUUUUAUAAUUAAAUAAGCUUAUUCCAAUAUGGAAAACACAAGUGUGGAAAUGGAAGUAGACGAACCCCAAAAUAAUGUUCUAGCCACAAAUGUUACGGGCAGUGUAUCUAUAUCUUUACAUCCACUAGUCAUUCUUAAUAUAUCUGAACAUUGGACUCGUUUAACAGCUCAAGUUGGUAAUUCAGUACCUUCAAUCGGUGCCUUGAUCGGUAAACAAAAGGAUCGAACUCUUGAAAUAAUGAACUCUUUUGAACUGUCAUAUACUGUACUUGAAGAUAAUGUGACGAUGGUUAUUGAUAGAGAUUACUACAACUCUAAAGAAGAACAAUUCAAGCAGGUAUUUUGUGACUUGGACUUUCUUGGAUGGUACAUAACUGGUACUGGUUCAGAUAAACCAACAUUUCGUGAUAUUGAUGUGCAUAAGCAAAUCAUAAAUAUUGCUGAAAGUCCCAUAUUUUUGAAAAUGGAUCCUCAUGGUGGACAUACCGAUCUGCCAGUCAAAGUAUAUGAAUCCGUAAUUGAUAUAAUGAAUGGAGUGCCAAAAAUGUUAUUUGUUGAAUUAACAUACACCUUAUCUACUGAAGAUGCAGAACGUAUUGGUGUUGAUCAUGUUGCACGAAUGUCAAGCAAUGAUGCACAAGAAAAUAGUUUGGUUGCUGAAACAUUAACUGUUCAGUUUAAUGCCAUCAAGAUGCUCCAUAGUAGAGUUAAAAUGUUACUCCAGUAUUUGAAGGAAGUAAAGAAAUCUGAUGAUUCAGUGAACAACGAAUUAUUGAGGGAAUUCGUUUCUUUGUGUCAUCGACUGCCAGUUAUGGAAUCUGGAGAGUUUUACAGGGAUUUGUAUACACAUUGUAAUGAUGUAGCACUGAUUGCUUAUUUAGGAGUAUUGACAAAAUGUAGUAAUGAAGUAAAUGAUUACUGUAACAAGUUCAAUGCACUCUAUGACCGUCAAGUAGUUGGUAGAAAAGUUAAGGGUUUGUUUUUAUAAUUUUUUUUUUCCAUUUAAAAUGUUGAAACUUUAUGAAUGAAUAUGUAAUAAUACACACUUAUUAAUUAUUAAUACUUUUAAACUUUUGUAAAUCGGUUUAGGCGAUGUAAACCAAUAUUGGAAAAUAAAAAUAAAAACUAAGACUGUCAUAAUAUUGAAUAAAUGUACAAUUUAAGUG